CAGUCGCACUCGUUGAGACGUGUUCGACUCUUCCCCGGUUUCGUUUAUACUCAAUCAGUGAAUACCCUAUUUCAAGGGGAAAAUAUACGAAAAAUAGAUAUAUCACUGCGUCUUGUGUACGGCCAUAUUGUAUUGUACCAGAGCAUUAUUGCGUUACAUCAGACAUCAGAUCGAAACAGAGUCAAAUUCAUUUGCAAUCUGCAUUUUGUACGAAAUACGAUCUUUAGAUCUUCAUAGGUUUUUUUUCACUUUAUGUUGUAAAGUUCUGAGAGUAUUGAUUUAGCCUUGACUUUUCAAUAAACAACUCGUUUACCCAAAAAAAUCGACAAUGGGGAAAAAAGGAAAAAAGAAGGGAAAUAAUGAGCCAGAUUCAGGAAAAGCUGAGGCAGGCUCUUCAACGCAACAGCAACAACCCCAACCAGCACAACAACAGCAGCAGCAGCGACAACCUCAACAACAACAGCAGCAGCAGCGACAACCUCAACAACAACAGCAGCAGCAGCGACAACCUCAACAACAGCAGCAGCAGCAGCAGCAACAUCAACCUCAACAACAACAGCAGCAGCGACAACCUCAACAAUACCAGCAGCAGCAGCAACGUCAACCUCAACAUCAACAGCAGCAGCAGCAACGUCAACCUCAACAGCAACAGCAACCUCAGUGGAGUGCACCCUCUGUGGCUCAAAUUACAGCAGACGUUGCUCAAUUAAAUGUUGGUGACGGUGGACGUCAAAAUGCAGGUCAAGGUCGAGGCCGUGGCGGUCGUAGUGGAGAACAACCCAGAGGUGCAUGGGGACAAGGACAAGGUCGUGCCGAACAAAGAGAAAGUGCUCCAGCUCAUAUUCCUGGAAUGGCACAACCACCUCAGGGUCACGGACGAGGUCGUGGCGGACGAAGAGAUCAACCCAGACCUGGGGGACAACAACAACCAGCACAAAUUCCUGGAAUGGCACAACCACCUCAACAAAGUUACCAAAGAGGAGAUGGUGAUGGAAAACAAGCUUAUCGACAGCGCGACCCUUCAGCUGUAUCUUCCAUAGGGGACACUGCCUCAGUAAAGAGUGGAAGUUCGGAGGGGAAAGACAAAGGGAAAAAGCCAGGAGCAACUCAGCCGGCUCCUCGUGUGUCACCUGCGAAGACUACGUUAUCGGCGACCUUACAGGCUAAUUAUUAUAAUCAAAUACCAAAACGCAAAGUUCCGAAUCGCGGGGGAAAAGAGGGACGACCUAUAACGGUCGAAACUAACAUGAUGCCAAUAAUCUUCAAACCUAAUUUCGCUCGCACUGUGAUCCAUUAUGAUGUUAAACUGGAUCCAGAUAAGCCAAAAUUCAUGUAUCGUGCGGUCGUAGAAGCCGUCAGGAUGAACCAUUACCGCAAUCUGUACCCGGCCUUCGACGGUCGAUGCAAUCUUUUCUCCACUGGUGUCUUGCCGUUCGGCGAUAAUUUGACCACAGAGGUAGUGGUUCUGAACAAAGAGCGACAAAAAGACAUGACCUUCAAAGUUUCUCUGACUAGAGCCCAAGAUAUCGAUAUGUCUUGGUUACCGCAAGUGAGACCGGGAUUCGCGGAGAACGAAAGAUCCCAAAUCGCCAUACAGGCACUCGAUGUUAUUCUCCGUUCGGCCGCCAUUCGCCAAAAUUGCACAACGGUUGGAAGAUCCUUCUUCAGUGCACCGACUGGAAGAGUAGUGGAAUUGGGAAAUGGUAUGGAUCUGUGGGUUGGAACAUUCCAAUCAGCGGUACUCGGCUGGAAACCCUAUUUCAAUGUCGAUGUUGCCCACAAGGCAUUCCCACGUAGUCAAAGAGUGACGGAUUUAUUCCAAGAAAUGUGUGGCGAUCCUCGAAGUAAUCAGCCAGUCACCCCGAGAGAUAUCGAGUACAACAGGCACAAACUCGCAAGUUUUCUGAAAGGUCUGAAAGUCACUUACGAAAUACCGGGGCAUCCAACCUCAAGACGUACAAUGGGCGUCAACGAUCUCGGCAGAGAUGCAAGAUCCGCAAACUUUGAACUGGACGACGGAACGGUUACGACAGUUGAAAACUAUUUCGCCAAAGUGAAAAAAUAUAGGAUUCAACAGCCACUUUUUCCAACACUUUGGGUUGGUUCGAGGAACAAAACCAUUCUCAUUCCGGCAGAACUAUGCGUGAUAGAACCCGGUCAAGUGACACAAAAGAAAAUGGAUGAAAGGCAGACGUCGACCAUGAUCAAAUAUGCAGCAACCGAUGCUCAAACUCGCAAACGAAAAAUAAUGGAAGGCUUCGCAAAAAUGCGCACUAACGAAGACCCGGCAAUGAGGGAAUUUGGUGUUUCCAUUGGGGGAGAAUUUGAAAAGGUGAAUGCGCGCGUUCUCAAUCCGCCAACGCUCAAAGGGAAAGGGGAUAUGAUUGUUAGAAAAGGAGUAUGGAGAGCAAGUGGUUUUUUCACUCCUGUGACAUUGCCCAGCAAGUCCUGGACAAUUCUCAACUUGAACGAUAGAACUCGAGAAGACUCUUUGAGAAACAUGGUCGGAUGCUUAAUGAAUGGAGGCAGAGCUGUCGGUAUGAGUAUUGAAGAACCUUUAACUCCUUUCAAAAAUAUGAGAGCUCCAAUGCGAGAUGUACGAGAAAUAAUACAAUUCUUUAACGACAAAAAGGAAGACGGACUCAAACUCAUAAUUGUCGUUGUACCGGAUAAAACUGGCCCGGUUUACAGCAAAGUUAAGCAAGUCGCGGAAUUAAACGUUGGAAUAUUGACCCAAUGUAUCAAAGCUGUCACGGUUGAGAGGAAGAUGAAUGACGCGACCGCCGGAAAUAUUUUGCUCAAAAUCAAUUCAAAACUCAACGGAACCAAUCAAAUUUUCGCACCCGGGAAGCGACCACCCUGCUUGGCCGAACCUUGCAUGAUUGUGGGCGCCGAUGUGACUCAUCCAUCCCCAGACGCAGUGGGAAUACCUUCCAUAGCGGCGGUCGCCGCGAGUCACGACCCAAACGCCUUCAGAUACAAUAUUAAAAUACAACUCCAACCACCGAAAACCGAAAUAAUACUUAAUCUCGAACAAAUUGUAAAGGAACAGUUAUUAUUCUUCUUCAAAGCGACUGGGCACAAGCCAGCACAUAUAAUAUUUUAUCGAGAUGGUGUGAGCGAAGGUCAGUUCCCUCAAGUGAUGCAUCACGAACUUCAAGCGAUACGUAACGCCUGUAAAAAACUUGGAGGAGCCUCGACUUACGAACCACACAUCACUUUUCUCGUCGUGCAGAAAAGACAUCACAUUCGAUUGUUCCCUACCGAUCCACGGAACUCCGACGAUAGAAAUGGCAACGUUCAAGCCGGGACUGUUGUUGACACCGAUAUUACGCAUCCGUCUCAUAUCGAUUUUUACCUCGUUUCGCACGCCAGUAUUCAGGGAACUGCUCGACCGACAAAAUAUCGGUGCCUCUGGGACGACCGCGGAAUGUCAGAAGAUGAGAUCGAACAAUUGACUUAUUAUUUGUGUCACAUGUUUUCACGAUGCACACGAUCUGUGAGUUAUCCGGCACCAACUUAUUACGCGCAUCUCGCAGCGUUCCGGGCCCGAGCUCUCAUUAACGAGGUCGACAUUCGUUUGAACAAUCUCGAGGAAGAACAACGAAUGAAAAUGACCAUCAAAGAUGACAUUAUCGUCAAAAAUCCAAUGUUUUUCGUAUAAAAACGAAAAAUCAUAUUACUACCAUGUUUCUGGAUAAAGAUUUAUCUGAAAGUAUUCCAGCAGUUGAGAGACGCUGUUUAUUCAGAUUCUUCAAGUUUACAGAUUAUCCAGAUAUUUCGUCAAUUUUAUAUAGAUAUAUAUUUUUUUUUAAUUGUUUUGCGUAUGUUUUGUUGGCUUAAGAGAGAGGCUGUUCUCAAUUUCAAUCGAAUUUACAGCCAAGUGGACUUUUAUCAAAACUAAAGAAAAAAAAAAUUUUGACUGCGUUUAAACAACUCAGUGAACGGUCAGUGAAGCUCUCAAAAGUUUGACGUCGAUUCCUAAAUACUUCUUAUAUAGAAGGCCAGACCUUAUUUAAAAUGAAAAAAUAGUCGAAGAUUACGAAACUGUGAUCAUGAAUAUAUAUAUAUAUAUGGAUAAAUUUUUAGUUUGGAAAAGAAUAAAUAAGCUCAGGAUCGAUUUAAAUGACAAAAUACAUAUGACGAUGGUGCUGUUUUGCAUUCCUAUUCUUGAACAGAUCGUUCACCCUUUACUCAUAUAAUUGGAGUUAAUUUUUCAGUUUUUUUUUUCAGUCAACUUUUCAUUUCCCAAUCAUUUCAUAUUUACAUCAUAACAAGAUUGUAAACGUCAACGUUGCUUUUGCAGAACUCACUGAGUAAACUUGCCGAAAAUCAUUAGUUUCGAUAAAUUCGUUCAACGAUUUCUAACAAUUAUAUUUUCCUUUUCUACGGUAGUCGUAAAAAAAAUUGAAUUUUGUAUGACAAGUUAAUCAUGUACUAAUAAAAUAAAAUACAAUUCGAGAAGA